CGAUUCAGAGUCAAAAUAUGUUUACAACUUUUUCAUGUUCAAACCCCUGGUCAUAUCAGCAGCUGAUCCCAUUCCUUAUCCAUUGAGUUAUGGAUGUGAGCGUAAAAAUACACAACCAUCUACUCCAUUACCAGAUUUCAGUAAAGUUGAAGAGUUUAUUAUGGAUAUGGAAGCAUUAAUCACCUAUCCUGAUCGUGAGCUCAUCAAAUCAACUGCUCGAGUAAUGAAACGAGGUGAUCUUAUUUCAUACAAAAUCCAAGAAGGAACUAAAUUUGUUCGUUCCAUUGAAAUGCCUCCUCCUUUAGGACGAUUUCAAGUCGAUGAACACACUGGUCAAUGCAAUUAUUAUACAUCACAUCAUUCUGAUGAUGUUACACUCAUCUCCAGUUGGCCUCUUGCACACCUUGGCUUCAAUCUAUUUUACUAUCUGCUGAUGAAACCACCUCAAGAUCAUGCACCAACUUUUAUUGGUGAUAUACCUUUAGGACCUUUUCGAGUGGAAGAAUACAAAGCACAUAAAUUCCUCUCUGCUAGAUAUGCCAUUGUUGAUUAUUAUUAUACAAAGAAUGUCAGUGAUUAUGUUCCAAGUAAAGUUAUAUUUACCAUAGAGCGAAUGGAUCGCAAUAUUUACGAUGAUAUUUAUCCAAAACAAGUUGAAGUAACCAUAAUUAAUUAUCAAACUAGGUUCAUUGACUAUGAAGAUCGAUUCGAUGUUUCUGGUUGUUAUGAAGAACCUGGAAGCUAUACUUGGUUUCAACUUCUCUUUCCGAAUCCUGAGCUGAGUAACUUCAAGACGGAAUUUAUCAAGGAAAAAGUGGAAGAAUACUUGGCUUCAUUCAUUCCAAUAACUCGUAUUGGUGAGAUUCAUGCACGACAAGUUGAUCCUAAUGUAUAUGUUACUGUUAAGCUUUAUGAUCGAGUACAUUUCAUUGAUGUUUAUAAUCGUUUGGAUGGAUAUAAAAUUAUUAAUCCUUCAAAUGUUGUAAAAAGAUUUAAAGUCGAGGACUGUGAACAACUGUGCAGCGCCAAUUCAAACUGUAAAACCUUUAGUCAUUGUGACGAUUAUGACUGUUCAAUUUAUGACGGUCAUUUAGUAGAGAGUAAGUUCAAGGCAGGAUGCUCGGUUUAUACUAGACCUACAACGCAGGCUACUCCAUUCGUUAGUGGAAAUUAUUUGUCACCAAUACCACAAAUAUUACAACAGAUAAGGAAUAAAGUCGCUGGAGGCGAAAUUCGUUUACGUGUUGUUGACAUAACAGCUGAAGGUUUGUUCAUUGUGAGUGGACCUGAAGAGAUUGGUGAUAUUUUUCAGGAACUACAUUCAAGUGUUUCCAGACCUUUAAGAGGUGAAGAUUUCCCGAUGAUCCAAACUGAUCGCCAUUUCAAUGAAGCCCAAUUCAAGAUCGAGAAAAGUACUCUUCAAGAUUGUUUCAUGGCUUGUUUGAAUGAUGAUGAUUGUAAUACACUUUCAUAUUGUGUUGCUCAUGAUAAGGAAUGCAUUCUGAGUGGAGAAACAUCGAGUUCAUUACAAGAUCUACUUGAGAACAAAACAAGCCAUGCAGAUGGAUGUAACAUCUAUCAACGUAAAUCUAUUGUCACAUUAAUUUGUAUUUCGUAUAUUAAUUUUGUUCUUCAAUUUCAAUCUAGAAUCACUUAUAAAUCUGUUCCAUGAGUAUCCUGGUAAAAGUCUAGUUUUGGAUGCUGUCUCAACCAUAUCUGAUGUACCAAUUGGUGAUUGUGCUAAAAGAUGUGCUCAAUCAAGUGAUUUCAAUUGUGAAUCAUUUGAUUAUUGCCAAGAUAAUUAUCAAAGAAAUGAAUCUGUUUGCUUCUUACAUGUUAACCAAAUUGAGUUAGACAAAACUCAUCAAAUAAAUGCGACAAACUGGAAGGUGGCUGAAGCUGGAUGUUCCCAUUAUUCAAAAAAAUCUGAACUUGAUUAUGAGCAUAAAGUUGGACUUGCACUGAAAGAUAAUGUGAAAGAGUCAAUUGUUGGAACCUUUGACCAUUUAUCACUUGAACACUGUGCUUCCAAAUGCAAUUCAGAUCCUAAUUGUUUUAC